AUGAACAAUUUGUGCAGAAUUUGUUUAAAAGUUUCUGACGAAAAUAUGCAAAACGUGCAAGAAAGUGUAAUAUUUUUUAAAAUUCGAACAUUUCUAACGAUUGAAAUAUCAACGGAAAAUUCAUUGCCCAAACAAAUAUGUAAAGAAUGUUCAAAUAAAACAACAGAAUUGUAUCAAUUUUGCUUAAGUAUUCAAGAAAAUGAAGCCAAAUUAAAAUCAUAUAUAAAAAAUGGAUGUUUACAAGAAUAUUAUUCUAAUUUAAUAAAUAAUAUAGAUUUUAAAGAUGAAAAGACUGAUAUUGUAUUUUGUGAGAAUAAUGAUGUUAAAACUGAGACUGAGAACACCUAUUCUGAGUUAGUAGAAACAAACAAAAAUGUAAUUGAAAACAUAGAUAAAUGUGAUGAACAUUUAAAACAAGAGUGUUUCAUAGAUGAUAUUCAAGAUGAUCAUUACAGUUCUAAUGAGGAAUUAACACUAGCAACUAUAAAAAGUAUAAAAAAAGAAAAAAACCUUACAGAAAACAAAAAAAAAGUAAAAACAAAAAAGAAGUUAAAACAAAAGACUAAAGAGGAACUGUCCAAUGAUUCAAAUACUUCCACAGAUAAUAUAAAACAAUUUACUUGUUUAUCUUGUUUGAAGAUAUUCGAAGCUCAGAACAGCCUUAUACAGCAUUAUCAUACUGAACAUUUGAAAAAAGGUAAAAAUUCAUCUGUGAAUUAUUCUGAAUGUAAUUUGGAUGGAAAUAUAACAUAUAGUUGUAAAACAUGUGAGCAUACAUGUAAUAUAAAGAAAGAUAUAAUAAAACAUGGUGCCAUUCAUUUUGAUGAGAGACCUCUGAUUUGUAAACUUUGUGGUAGAACUUAUAAAACAGUUCCAGAGAUCAUCCGGCACUCUAGGGUCCAUAAUGGUAUAAAACUUCAAUGUUCAUACAAGUGUGGCUACAGUACUGCUUACCAAGGAGCUUUGAAAGAGCAUGAAAAUAGACACCAGAAUGUCUAUAAGUACACUUGUGAUAAAUGUGGUGUUGGUUUCCACGUGAAGACUUGGUAUGAACAGCAUCAGAACAUUCAUACUGGACUGAAGCCUUAUAUCUGUGAUAUUUGUGGUCAUGCCUUCCAUAUGGCCAGAUACUUGUCAGCCCACAGGAGUUUGAAGCAUCCGCAGUCGUCAAGCGUGAAGCGAUAUACUUGUGUGCAUUGUGGACACAAGUGCGAUAGUGCCAACAGUCUUGCUCUGCAUAUGGAGCAACAUGGCAUAAACAAAGAAAAGGAAUUUCUUUGUGACUUCUGUGGCAAGAUACUCGCUAGUGCUGAUCAAUUGAAGUAUCAUCAUCGCAUGCAUUUAGGAGUUAAACCUUAUUCUUGCAGUAUAUGCAACAAAACGUUUGCAAAGAAGUUUAAUGUGAAGAUCCAUAUGAGUUCACACAGUGGGGAGAAGACUCAUGCUUGUUCCCGAUGCGGCAAGAGAUAUACACAGAGAAGCACGCUGUUACGACACUUAAAAAGACACCAUGGUAGUGCAUCGCCAAAACGUUCAGAAUAA